AUGGCGCCAGGCAAGCUCCUCGAUGGCCAAGUGGCUCUGGUCACAGGAGCUGGUAGCGGUUUCGGAGCAGGCAUCGCCAAACUUUUCGCCCGCGAAGGCGCGAAAGUGCUGUGUGCUGACAUCAACGAGGAGAAUGGCACACGCACCGUCAAAGAAAUCACAGGGUCGGGAGACCUAGCACACUUUGUGAAGAUGAAUGUCACGGUGCCGGGUGACUGGGAACAAGCGCUUGUAACGGCAAAGGAGAAGUUCGGAGGCCUCGAUAUCCUGGUCAACAACGCAGGCUGGACGUACCGGAUCAAGGACACAUUGACCGUGACCGAGGCCGAAUAUGACCGCAUUUUCGACAUCAACGUCAAAUCCAUCUUUCACUCGGUGGGCAAGAUCAUCCCACAUUUCCUGGCUCAGGGGUACGGCAAUAUCAUCAACAUUGGCUCGUGCAUCACAGAAAAGCCUACAGUCGGUCUCACGUGGUACGGGGCUACUAAGGGCGCCGUCGAUAUGAUCACACGGCAUUUGUCCAAUGAGUACUCGCCCCAGGGUAUUCGGGUCAACGGGGUGUCGCCGUCGAUCAGCGAAACGCCCCUGAUGCGCGAGUUCAUCGGCCGCGAUCCCGAUUCGGCAAGCAAGGAGAGUUUGACCUCGCAUGUUCCUCUAGGCCGACUAUGCACGCCUCUCGACAUCGCAAAGGCGACGUUGUACUUCGCGACUCCCUACUUCAACGACUUCCAAACUGGAAUCAUUCUCCGAGUCGAUGGUGGUCACUAUACAUGA